UCUUACAGCGUUGUACUUUUUAUUAUUUGAACUUUUACGAGUUACGCGCUCUACUAUAUUUCGAAAACGUGACGAGAGCAGCCAUGUGUUACUUCAGCAUCAUAGUGAUAAUAUUCGAUUACCGGGAAGCGUAAAGUUUAUACAGCCAUCAUGCCGUUUCAACGGGACGUCAAGUUGCUUGUGCUUGUGAUUAACAUAUCUGGAAUUAUAUUGGUUGCGGGUAUGGCAGAUGUGUGGGUGGAGUUGCGAGCUCCGAGGUUCGUUGUACACCGACACAGCGCAGUGCUACGCUGCGAGCAUAACGUUGACGCCGACUCGUUGUAUAAGGUGGUGUUUUUUAAAAACGGACAACGGUUGAUGAAGUUUGUCCACGGGAGAGACCCGCCAUACGAGCUCUACAACAUCACCGGCGCCGAUAUAAAUCUAAUACAACUUACGCCGACAUCAGUAACACUUGAAAGGAUGGAUUUCGCGGCAUCGGGAACGUACGCUUGCGAGAUUGCUUUGGAAACGCCCCUUUACUCUAAAGUCUCUAAACUACAUGAGAUAACUGUCAUCGUUCGGCAGAAAUUCCGUCCAAAGAUAAGAAUAAAGCACAAAAAACAGUCGUCAAACGAUCACUUAGAAGCGACCUGUCAGAGCGCGCCGGCACACCCCGCUCCGCAUCUUACCUGGUUCAUAAAUAAUAUGAAGGUAGACGAGCGUCUCACAGUACCCCACGGCACGGUGAAUACGCAUCGCCACCACCACGGCAUACAGCUCGCCAUGACCAACUCCUCAUUGCACUUCCCCCUUAGCAGCCUACAGCUGUUCCCUAACCAGACAGUCAUCAUCACUUGUCUCAGCACGAUACCGAGCUACGCAAGCGUUGGCGAAGGAUUUGCUGAUGUUCAAAAUCAUACGGUCACUGUGAAUGUGGUACGAAUGGAACCACCGCCGACUCAAUUGCCAGUCAAGAUCGUUAGUUCCGAGUUUAGCUCGUCGAGCCGAUGUGGAACUAAACUUAUACUAAUCGUUUUAGUUAUAUGUUUGUGCCAUUUUAAACCUUAAGCCGAAAGACAUAGAAUAUGUACAAUUUUAUAAUAUUUAUAUCUCCAACAAAGUUUCAUCCCUGUUAAUUAUUUAUGGUACUUGUUUUGCAAUUGAUUUCAACGCAUGGAAAACCGAUCAGAAAAGAUAUGCUUUGGAAUCAUAUGUGUAGUGUGAUCUUAUAUCUCAUAGUAUAUACAAGGAAGAGCUUUACUCUUUCCCUUCAAAUUACUUUUAUUAUUACAGUCCCGCCCUUAACAAAGUUAUUCGUGGUAUAAUCAACAUAAUCAUAAUAAUUGUUUAGAAUAAUGUAACAAAGUUUAAUUGUGUAUAAUUAAGAUCUGAACAUAGCAGAGGUUUAAGCAAGAAAUCCGGGAUAGGCUUGAAACCGAAGCAUUAAUAAUUUGAAUCUCGAACACGAAACUUAUUUAAUUUAAUGGGACGAUGAGAGAAAGUAACGGUAAGGCUCUGGAUAAGUCUAUUAUUCGGUUAUGUCGAUCUUUUAUUUGCCCGAAAGGUGCUGGGUUUAUGAUCCCACGAGAAAUUUAUAGAGAAUUCUGAUGUUUACGCGUAAGAACAGUAUUUAUUGUCAUGAUAAGUACUUUUGUUUGUGUCUUCUUAUUUGUGUGUCACGAGCUGUAUAAUUUUUGAUGAUUUCAUCCACAUAUUGAAUUUAAUUGACAAAAUAAAAUGUAUAAUAUUUUAGUCAGUUUUUAAAUACUUUCAAUACAAUUAAAUCGCAGAAGGUUACGAAGCGCUACAUCGUUUUAACACAACAGUAAUUUUGUAUAUACAAGCCUCAUAUCGCUUUUUAGAUGUAAAUAUUCUUUGUAAAAGUAACCUUUCACUUAUGUGCGCAAUUAUGAGACUGAACUAGGAAGUUAGAAAUUAAUUCCAACUGUUCACCCAAACCCACAAUGCUAGAGUCCCAAGAAUGUCCAUUAUUGUAGGAAAUAAAUGGCAACUAACAUAAGUUAAUAAGAGUUCGCGUAAUGUAUCUUAUAGUGACAAUGAAAUAGUGUCGAACAAUUUGUCACUAAGUAUUACCAAUUUUUAUUAUCCAGCUUCAAAAAUAAAUGUAUUCAAUUUCCAAAGCAAGUUAAUUACGCUACGGGACAAAUUUUCAUCAGCUUAUUUACCAUGUUCAUAAGAAUGAUAUUUAAACACGGAAAUUUUAAAGGUCCAAUGUACCUUUAAUCGUGUCUGAUUAACCACUUUUUCACAUGUAUAAAACCAUUGAUUGAUUAAGUUUUAUUAAAAAAAAUCAUUGGUCGUCCACGCAAAUACUACUCUCAUUGAAAGGCCAUCGAUAAAAUAAUACAAUUUGCAACUACAAACAUAUAUGAAUGACUAUAAAUUAUUUAACUAUUGGCGAGAUUACAACUUAGCAUUAUAUUAUAUCGCUUGCAUGUUUUAGGAACUACAUAGGGAAUGCUAUCAAAUAUAAUUAUAUGGGUGAUUAUCUAAAUCUGGCACGUAGUUAUAAUACUUUUCCAAUGUGCGGGUGAAUUGUCUGUCAAUAAAUAUACGGUAGUCUUUAAUGCAUGCAUCAAUAAAGUAUGUUUGCUGGUGGUAGGAUAUAUUUUAUAUCCGCCCGGAUAGCAACCAUCUUACAUAAGGAGUUAAAACCCGCUGUAGUGGCCCACGUAAGUGUGUCGCGUUCCGAGAUCAGCCUGUGUAUAUCCGGUUCUAACAGGCCGGCAUAAUUGUGUCGAUUGCCGAGUGGUAAUCAUUUCUCGACAGUCGACAUUCUAUUUGACUCACACACAGUAUAUGCGUUGUCUGUACCUUUGUAUCUGUACCUUCAAUUAUAAUAAUAUUAAACAUUUUUAUUAAUAUUCUGUGUAAAAUUGUAUUGACUACUGUAAACGUGCCAGCUUUAAAUAUCUGACCUAAAGUAAAUUUCGUAUUACGAAAUACCGAUCCGUGCACUUCGAAAUGUAAAUAUAAAAAUGCAAGUUGCUUCUUUCAUUAUUAUUUUGAUUAUGAAAAACAACUUAAUAAAUUAAGUUGGGAUUAAAAUGGUAUGUCCCUGCUAUAAAACGCGGCAGGUUUAAUGAACCCAAGUGAAGUUAUUGUCUUUCUCGACGGAAUACAAAUACUUUCAUUUGGAUUUAAAUUGCUUUCAUUUUAAACUGAGCACACUUACAUUGCUUCGUAAAAAAAUAAUUACUAUUUAUAAAAAUAAACAGCGAUUCCAAUAUGAUUGUAUUGUUUCCUUUUAUAUAUUUUUGAAACAAAAUG